CCAUGAAUCAGCGAAUCAGCCAAAGUGCUCCAGUGAAACAGCCACCUCCUCUGGCUCCUCAGAGUCCCCAGGGUGGUGUGAUGGGUGGGAGCAGCUCCAAUCAGCAACAACAGAUGAGACUUCAGCAGCUACAGAUGGAGAAGGAAAGGCUGAGACUGAAGCAUCAAGAACUGCUGCGGCAGGAAUUGGCUCUCCGGAGCCAGCUUCCAACAAUGGAACAAGAUGGUGGAUCUCAAAAUCCCGUGUCAUCUCCUGGAAUGUCUCAGGAACUGAGAACAAUGACUACAAAUAGUUCUGAUCCCUUUCUUAACAG